UGGCGGUGGUAUGUCAACAUUAAGAAUGGUGUUUACGAAAGUUUUUUAACAACAUCAUAGUGCUUAUUUCACCAAGAAUAUUACUAAACUAAUUUUCAGCCAUGCCUGCAGUGUUAGAAAGUAUUGAAGUUGAUAACUUCAAAUCAUACAAAGGCCAAUAUACUAUUGGCCCUCUCAAAACCUUUACCGCGGUGAUUGGACCUAAUGGAUCAGGUAAAUCAAACUUCAUGGAUGCCAUCAGUUUUGUUAUGGGAGAAAAGACUUCUUCCUUGAGAGUGAAACGUCUCAGUGACCUGAUCCAUGGUGCAUCAAUUAAUAAACCAGUGGCUAGAACGGCUUCUGUAACGGCUGUGUUCAGGAUGGAAAACGGAUCCGAAAAGAGAUUUACCAGAACUGUAGAGGGGACAUCAUCUGGAUACAGAAUCAACCGAGAAGUUGUAACAACUCAGAAGUACAUGGAGGAUUUAGAAGCAAUUGGUAUUAAUGUGAAAGCCAAAAACUUCCUUGUGUUUCAAGGUGCGGUCGAAUCCAUUGCCAUGAAAAAUCCUAAAGAAAGGACUGUUUUGUUUGAGGAGAUUAGUGGAUCUGGUGUCCUGAAAGCUGAAUAUGAUCGACUGAAAGCUGAAAUGUUAAAAGCUGAAGAAGAAACCAACUACACUUAUUUGAAAAAGAGAGGAGUUGUGGCGGAGAGGAAAGAGGCAAAACUCGAGAAAGAGGAAGCCGAGAAGUAUCAGAGACUAAGAGAAGAGCUUGUUGAGAAAGAAAUUGAGUAUCAACUAUUUAGGCUCUACUACAAUGAAAGCGAUAUAAAACAUUACGAGAACGAAUUAGAAAGGAAAAGACGAGAUGUGGAAAAGUUAGAGAAAAAGAAAGAGAAGGCAGAAGAACAACUGAAAGACAAGAAGAAAGAUCAAGGCAAACUUAACAAGGAGUUGUCUAAAAUUGAGCAAGAAAUUAGAGAAGCGGAAGUGGAGAUUAACAAGAAGAGACCUUCUUUCAUAAAGUCUAAGGAAAGAACGACUCACAUCCAGAAGAAGUUGAACACUGCCAAAAAGUCUCUGGCAGAAGCAAAACAGGCUAACGACGCUCACGAGCGGGACAUACAGGAACUUCAGACGGAACUUGAAGAGGUUGAUGCUCGCAGACAGGAGUAUGAGGACCAAGUAGCUGGGGAGAGUCAGUCACAGGGUAGAGACGUUCAUUUGGAAGAUGCACAGGUUCAGGAGUAUAACAGACUAAAAGUAGAAGCACAGAAACAGUCUGCCCGUUAUCUGCAAGAGCUCGACUCUAUCAACCGAGAGCAGAAAGCGGAACAAGACAAACUGGACAACGAGGCGAGAAUCAGAGGAGAUCUUGACAAUAAGAUCAAGCAGAAAACUCACGAGAAGGAGGAGGCACAGAAACGGGUUGAUAAACUCAUCGAACACAUCAGGACGAGUGAGCAAGCGUUGGAGGACCAGAAGCGGCUGCGGGAAGAACUACAGUCUGACGUUGGAACAUCCAAGGGUCGAGUGCAGGAGUUGCAGAAGGAACUGGAGAACGUGAUGGAACAGCUGGGAGACGCAAAGAUAGACAAGCAUGAAGACUCUCGCCGCAAGAAGAAACAGGAGAUUGUCGAGAACUUCAAGAAGAACUACCCUGGCGUUUAUGACCGGAUGAUCAACAUGUGCCAGCCCAUCAACAAGAAGUACAACGUCGCUGUCACCAAGGUGCUAGGCAAGUAUAUGGAGGCCAUUGUCGUGGACACAGAGAAGACUGCGAGACUCUGUAUUCAGUUUCUCAAAGAACACAUGCUUGAUCCAGAGACAUUCUUGCCCAUCGACUACAUCCAGACCAAGUCUCUGAAGGAGCGUUUGAGGAACAUCAAGGAGCCUAAGAAUGUGAAGCUGUUGUACGAUGUACUGAACUACUCUCCACCAGACAUCAAGAGGGUGGUUCUGUUUGCUACCAACAACGCUCUGGUCUGUGACACACCAGAAGAUGCCAUGAAGGUGGCAUACGAGAUUGAACCUAUGAACAGAUAUGAUGCGGUGGCGUUAGACGGGACCUUCUACCAGAAGUCUGGAAUCAUGUCUGGAGGAAGCCUUGAUCUUGCCAGAAAAGCCAAACGUUGGGACGACAAGCAAAUGUCUCAACUCAAGUCUACCAAGGAAAAACUGACGGAAGAGUUACGAGAGGCGAUGAAGAAGUCUCGUAAAGAGUCAGAACUGAACACCGUCGAGUCUCAGAUCCGAGGAUUGGAAACUCGACUAAAGUACUCCAAAACUGACAAGGAAAAGACAUUGAUGCAAAUUGCUGCAUUAGAUGAAGAGUUGCGACAGUUGGAAGCAAAACUGGAGCUAAUAUCUCCAAGAUGCGAAUCUAUCGAGCGAUCCAUGAUGGAACGUGGUCAGCUUAUCCAGGAGAUGAAAGAAAAGAUGAACCGUGUUGAAGAUGAUGUGUUCGAAGAUUUCUGCCGUUCAAUUGGGAUGCAUAACAUCCGACAGUAUGAAGAGCGAGAGCUUCGCAGCCAACAAGAGAGAGCAAAGAAACGGCUUGAGUUUGAGAACCAAAAGAACCGAAUCAUGAACCAGUUGGAGUUUGAGAGGAUGAAGGAUACUAAGAACAACGUUCUGAGGUGGGAGCGAGCUGUUUCUGAUGACGAGGAUGAGCUGGAGAGAGCCAAGCAGGCAGAACAGAAGCAGAUGUCAGAGAUAGACAAACUGAUGAAGGAGCUUGAGAAGCAUAAGAGUGAACGGCAGACCAAGAAAAUGGAUGUGGACGCCUUUGAGGAACAGAUUGGCAAAGCCCGCAGAGAGGUGGGAGCGAUUGCCAAGGAUAUUCAGGCUGCACAGAAGCUAGUGAACAGCAUUGAGAGCAAGCUUGAGAUGCGUAAGGGAGAGAGACACAGCAUUCUCAUGCACUGCAAGAUGGAGGAUAUCCAAAUCCCCAUGUUGCAUGGUAACAUGGAAGACAUUGUUGCACAAGAUUCUUCCACAAUGGAUGAUAGCAGCUCCACUGUCGCUGCUCAGAUAUACGACCGUGAGGCCAGUGGGGGAACUUAG